AUGGAUGAAAUUGAAGAUAGGUGGAAUAAGCUAAGGCUUACGAAGGAAGAGGAAGUGGUCAUUGAGCUCCCUCAAGGAGGAGAAGAGGAGAUACAGUGCAAGGGUGAUAGAAGUCUUAUCGGGAAGAUAUGUUCGGAUCGAGCUAUUAGCAAGGAAGUCAUAGCUAAUGCAAUGGGGAAAAUUUGGAGAAUCAGCAAACGAGCGGUGUUUCAGGAGGUGGAAAAGAACGUUUUUGUUAUUACUUUUGCUAACCAUGCUGAUAGACAGAGGAUCUUAGAUGGUAAACCCUGGCUAUUUGCAAGUAUGCUAUUUAUGAUUCUACCUUAUGAUGGAGACUUACAACCCAGGAAUAUGCAUGUCGAUAAAGAAACAUUCUGGUUACAAGUUCACAAUCUCCCAUUAGGCUUUAUGACAGAAGAGUGGGGUCAUCGAAUCGAAGCAUCGGUAGGAGAGGUGCUGGAUGUCGAUGUUGAUGAGGACGGGAUAGGAUGGGGCAAAUGUCUGAGGGUGAGAGUUGAAAUAAAACUACAAAAGGCCAUAGCUAGAGGUAGAACUAUAAUGGCAAAUGGGAAAAAGGUAUGGCUGAGUUUUAAGUACGAGAAACUUCCAAAGAUAUGCUUCAGCUGCGGGUGGAUCCUACACGGUGAAAACGGUUGCAUGAAUGAAGAAGAAGGAAACCAGGGUUCCAGUUCUCAGUUUGGUUCGUGGCUAAGGGCAGAGGACAGUUAUAAACGACGGCCAAUCCUUAUUCCCUCAAAUGCUAACUCAAACGGCCGUGAGGAAGGACAACGGGAUCCUGUAAAGGAAGCCGGGGGCAUCAAAGCAGAAGGUUCUAUGGGAAGCACUGCGAGUAGGAGACAAGCUGAAGGUUUAGCCUUGAACCAAAACAGAGUGUGGUCCGGUGGCAGUGAGAACCAUGGUAUUGGAGGAGGAACGGUAACAGUGGACAAGAGGCGAAAGAUUUUGGCGGGAGAAGGAGAGAAGACUUCUACAGAGGACGAGAUUGAUGGGACACAGUACGAGGCAAUGCAGAGCGUAGGCAUGAGUCUACACUGUGAAGGAAACAUGCAUGGGGACGAGGAUCAUACAGGGCAGGAAACAAGUGAUGCAUUGAUGGGCUUAAAUACAAAGGGCUUGGCAAAAGUGGCUUUGGAAAAAUCUAAAACUAAGAACGGGCCCAACAAACAAACCCAAGAGAAGAAACAAGAUGAAGGGGAAGGGCCGACGAAGGAAAGGGAUGUGUCCAAAAGUCAGUUACUGGCAACGAAUCAAACAGAAGGAGUAGCGACUUAUAACCAAGGGAGUUGCAGGUGGAAACGCCAUGCUAGAGGACAGGGAUCAACUCCUACGGAGGGAGGUCUGCGACCGGGGACCAAGAGACCAGCAGAGACUAAUGAAGAGGACCAAGUUGCACCAGCAAGGAAAAGACGAGGUAAAACUGUGUGCUACAAAAGUGAUGGAAAUGUCACUUCUAAAGCGGUGGAGUUUAGUGACCAGCCCCACCGAAGGCCAUGA